AUGGCUUCCAAACCACAAGCUUUGGUCCUCCUCCUUUGGCCCUUGUUGCUCCUCUCUCACUUGAGCUCAUCCCUAAGCUGCCCAAUUGUCACCUACUGGGGCAAGAAUGUGAAUGAAGGAGAGUUGGAUGCAGCAUGCCAAACCAAAAAGUACGAGAUCAUCAACAUAGCAUUCAUGAACACAUUCGGCAAUGGCCAAACUCCAAACAUAAACCUAGCAGGACACUGUCAUUGGUCCUGGGGUGUCCCUUGCACUAAAUAUGCCUCCCAAAUAGCCACUUGCCAAAGCCUGGGCGUCAAAAUCUUCCUUUCUCUCGGAGGAGCUUCUGGUGAUUACGCCUCCCAAAUUAUUUCUAUUCAAAUACAGAUAUCUCAAUCCAAGCAUCAAUCCAAUGCUUUUAGGUAUUUUUCCUUCUAG